UACUGCUAUCAUCCCAAAUUAUUUUCCCCUAUCAGCACUCCCCAAGUGUUUUAUUCCUCUUAUACCACAGAACUUUACCAAUGAUUACAGUUUAUACACAAAGCACAUGAAGUAAAACAGUGACAUGUGUUUAGUAUGGUUCCAGAUUCAGUACCAGUUCAACGCGGGUGAUUUUGGACACAAGGGGGAUGAGAUGAAAGGGACGGAAUGAACCGCGCGCGAGGACAAACGAUUAUUACAUUUAAAUCAGAAAGAAUCCAUCUGAAUGAUAUUAACAUGAGCUGUACCAACACACUGGAAUAAACAUUAACCCUUCCGCUCGCAGCUUCCUCCAUCUUCAAAGAGUCGCGAGCUGAAAAGGUGUGGCUCCGUGAAUUAACACGUCAUAAAGUAAAUCCGCGCGCGCACAUCCGAUCCGGUCUGGUGCGGUGCGGUGCGGUGGAGAGACUUCAGAGGCGCGCGCGUGCAGAGGGAGCAGCCAGGUGAAGCUUCUCACCGUCACACAGAUCUCCUUUAUUUGAAUACAUCAAGACGAGCGUGCCUGCAAUGCGUUGAACAACACUCUGCCCAGUUGAAUAAACACCAAAAUACACCUCACUCACAGAAAAAAGCACACACGCACACACACACACACACACACACACUCUCCAUGGCACACCCGUAUGAGCCGUGGCUGCGUGCGGCGCCCCCUGGAGGCCCAGAGGAGGUGGGCAUGUCUGGUUGGUGGGAUCUACACGGUGGAGCUGCAGGAGGCUGGAUGGACCUGCAGGGAUCACAAGGGCUCGGGGGCGGGGGCGGGGCCAUGGCUCAGGGUGGGUCCAUGGGUCUGCAGCCAACCGUCAGCACCUACAACCCUGAGGCUCAGAUGUGCUGCCUGCCCUCCUCACCCCAUGCUGGUCCACUUUACCCACCUGAUGGCUUUAAAAUGGAGCCAAUGGCACCGGACAUGCUGCAUACUCCACAUCAUGCCACCUCCUUUUCCCUGGAGGACUCGCAGGAGGGAGCGAGCGGAUCGGCACGGCCCAAAUCGCAGCGCCGAUCUGGAACCAGAGCUCCGGGUCAAACAGCCUGUCGCUGCCCGAACUGCCUGAGUGCAGAGUCUCUAGGAACCAGCAAUGACAGCGAUGAUGCCAACAAGCGCAAACACCUGCACAACUGCCACAUCCCGGGCUGUGGGAAGGCCUAUGUGAAAACGUCGCACCUGAAAGCUCACCUACGCUGGCACAGCGGCGACCGGCCCUUCGUCUGCAACUGGCUGUUCUGUGGGAAACGCUUCACGCGCUCUGACGAGCUGCAGCGCCACCUGCAGACGCACACCGGCGCCAAGCGUUUCAGCUGCAGCGUUUGUCCACGUGUCUUCAUGCGCUCAGACCACCUGACCAAGCACAUGCGUGUUCACGAGGAGCAGGGAGGCACAGAAAACUCCUCACCUGCCUCCAUCGGUGACGGAGCUCUAACCUCUGCUCCACCCGCUGUGGCAGCACCAAGCAUGUGUCUGAAGAGCGAAACCAGUGCUAGCGGAGAUGAGACACCAGCAAAUAGCACCUAACCAACACCAUGUGAACACGUCCUUAUCCCUGAAGCUAAUGCUAAACUCCACUGUACUGUUAACACUAAAC